AUGACAGAGCCAAGUAAAAAGAAGAGGCUGAGUCAUGCACAGAGGAGUGCAGAAUCCCUUGCUGGUGGUUCUGGGACUGCUGAGAACCAGUCGACAGGAGACAAACACUUUGUGGAAGGAGCCAUAGUCCGCAUCUCUAUGACAAACUUCCUAACAUAUGACAACUGUGUGGUUUAUCCUGGACCAAACCUGAACAUGAUUGUUGGAGCCAAUGGAACUGGAAAAUCUAGCAUUGUGUGCGCUAUUUGCUUGGGUUUGGCUGGAAAGACUGCUGUGCUGGGCAGAGGAGACAAGAUAGGACUGUACGUCAAGCGAGGCUGCUCCAGAGGAUCUGUUGAGAUUGAACUGUUCAAAAGUAGUGGGAAUAUUGUAAUUAAUAGAGAGAUUAAUGGCGAAAACAAUCAGUCUGCAUGGAUGCUUAAUGGAAAACACUGCAAUCAAAAAGCUGUGGAAGAGGAAGUCAAGAAUCUACGCAUACAAGUCAGCAACCUUUGUCAGUUUCUACCACAGGAAAAAGUUGGUGAGUUUGCUAAAAUGUCCAAAAUUGAGCUGCUCGAGGCAACAGAGAAAUCAGUGGGUCCACCAGAGAUGUACAAGUACCACUGUGAGCUGAAAAACUUCAGAAACAAAGAAAAGGAGCUGGAGAAUGGUGUCAAAGAAAAGUCCAACUUUCUCGAAAAGGCCAAGGUGAGAAAUGAGAGGAACAAACAUGAUGUGAAUCGUUACUAUGAGAUGAAGAGGCACCUUGACGUGAUUGAGCUGCUGGAGAAAAAGAAACCAUGGGUGGUAUAUGAGACUGGCCGAGCAGAUCUGGAAGAUGUGAAGAAAGAACGAGAAGAGGCCAAGAAGCAGCUGAAUGCCCUGAAACAAGCACAGGCUCCAAUGAGGAAAAGGAUUCAACAGAUCGAAGAUAAACUGAACCCAAUAGAGGCACAGAUUAAGAAUAAAUCUCUUGCUGUCAAAGAAGCCUCCACGAAAUCCAAACAAAAGCAAGAUCAGCUGGAUAAAAAAAUCAAGGAGAUUGAGGAUAUGAAGCAGAGUCUGAAGAUAAAGCAAAUUCAAGAAGAGGACCAUCGGAAGCGGGUCAGUAACACCCGACGGGCCGUUGACGACCUGAAGGCUGAACUGGGCAAAGUGUCGGAUCAGCCCGACAUCACUCCCAGGAUCAAUGAAGUAAAUCAGGAGCUGAGGCGCAUUCAGAUAGAGCGCGGCAGGAUCGAAGGGGAGAAGGCCGAUCUUAGCCGGGAGAAGAACAACCUGUUUUCUGAGUACAAAAUGUUGGAGAAGAGGCUUAGUGAUAUGAACAACAUGAUGAAUGUAAAAGAAGAGAAACUACGGAACUCCCACAGAGACACUUUUGCAGCUCUGCAGUGGUUGAGGGAGAACAAGCAGAUGUUCAGAGGAAACGUACACGGGCCAAUGAUGCUUGAGAUCAACAUGAAGGACCCCAAUUAUGCCAAGUAUGUAGAAUGUCACAUUGCUUUUCGAGACCUCCGUGCCUUUGUCUUUCAAAGAAAAGACGACAUGGAGAAGUUUAUGACUGAGGUUCGUGAUAGAAUGAAUUUGAGGGUGAACUCAAUCAGUGCCCCUGCAGAGUCUCGUUCUCAGCAAAAGCCAUCCAGGAAUAUUGAAUCACUGAAGCGGUUUGGAUUUUUCUCCUACCUCCGUGAACUGUUUGAUGCUCCAGAGGAAGUUAUGAGUUACCUGUGUGAACAAUACAGAGUGCAUGAUGUCCCAGUGGGAAACGAAGAGACAAAAGCAAUGAUAAAAACAGUAAUCGAGGAGCCAUACAUCAAAGUGCUGUAUACCAAAGAUGAAAGGUAUCAGAUCAAGAAGUCUCUUUAUUCAAACAAAAUUAGCACAACCAACUCAGCCCUGCAUCCGUCUCAGUAUCUGAACAUCACAGUGGACGCUGAGGAGAAACGACAGCUGGAGGAACAAUUGAGGACUCUUCAGUCCAGGAUGAAAGAUAUUGAUGAGCAACAGAAAGCCCUGCAGAAAGAAGCUGCAGCGUUGGAUCGCCAUGACAAUGAGCUUUUGGCCAAGAAGAAGGAGCUGUCUGAACUAAAAGGAAAAAAGAGGCAACUGGAGCAGAAAAUCAGCACAAAAUUGGAUAGUUUAAGGCAGAUGGAGCACAGUGCUAUUGACCUGAAGAAGAUUGAAGAAGAGACUAAAGAGAAGAUUGCUGCCACCAAUGUCCAAAAAGUGUCAAUUGUUGCAUCUUUAGUGGCCCACAUGAAGCAAAGAGCAACACUGUCGAUGGAGAACGUAUACCUGAUUUUGGAGACAGUGGGGCUGACGGCAGAGAAGGCGAAGCUGGAGACUGAGUACAGAGAAGGAGCCUCCGAGUUCAGAGUGGUUGAGCAAAGAUGCAAUCGCUUGGACCAGAAGAAGAUUCAGCUGAUGGAGCAGUGCAAAGGAAUGAUGAAGAGAGCAAUGCAAAUCUGUCGCAUGAUGCCAGAUCAGUCUCUGCCUGACAACCUGCGCAAUGCUUUCAGUAAGUUGCCGGACACGUUGGAUGAGAUUGAUGCCAUGCUGAAUGAAGAGAGAAGUAGAGCAGAGUGUUUCACUGGACUCAGUGAAAAUGUUGUAGAUGAGUACAACCAAAGAGAGGAUGAGAUCAAAUGUUUGGAGAAGGACCUUGAAGAAAAAACUCUGGAAUUGGCAAAAUACAGACAGAAGAUCUUUGAUGCUAAAGCGGGCUGGUUGAACCCUCUCAAGCAGCUGGUGGGACAAAUUAAUGAUAAGUUUAGCAACUUCUUCCGUUCCAUGCAAUGUGCAGGAGAGGUUGAUCUGCACUCAGAGAAUGAGGAGGAGUAUGACAAGUACGGGAUCAGGAUACGGGUGAAGUUCCACAGCAGUACACAGCUCCAUGAGCUGACUGCACACCACCAGAGCGGAGGAGAGCGCAGCGUCUCCACCAUGCUCUAUCUUAUGGCUCUACAGGAGCUCAACCAAUGCCCUUUCAGAGUGGUCGAUGAAAUUAACCAGGGAAUGGAUCCAGUAAAUGAGAGAAGAGUGUUUGACAUUGUGGUGCGAACUGCAUGUAAAGGGAUAACCUCCCAGUACUUCUUCAUCACUCCCAAACUGCUCCAGAACCUGCGUUAUGCUGCUGAGAUGUCCAUCCUGUUUGUCCACAAUGGGUCCAGCAUGCUUCCUCCAAAUAAGUGGAAUGACAAAGCAUUCAUCAAACGAUGCCUUGCAAAAAAAGCUAGAGUUUUGUUAAAAAAGUAA